AUGAAUAUUUUAUCUCAAAUGUUAAAUUUGGCUGUCGGAAGAGGUAUUUUUGGAUUUCAUCCAAAAUGCAGGAAGAUUGGUCUGACUCUUCUCUCAUUUGCAAAUGACCUUCUGAUUUUUUGCAAAGGAAAUAUAGAAUCAGUGGUGGGAGUCCUAAGUAUCCUUGACCAGUUCUAUGAAGUUUCUGGACUCAAAUUGAAUUCAUCUAAAUGUGAGAUCUUUGCCGUGGGAAUUCAGCCUAGAAUCACAGAGAAUUUAAAGCUCAUCACAGGGUUUCAAGUUGGAACUUUACAUGUCUGCUAUCUAGGAAUUCCCCUUGUUACACGCAAGCUUAACAAGAAAGAUUGUCAAGUGCUUAUUGACAAUAUUAAGCGCAAGCUCCAUCUCUGGUCUGGAAGAAACAUUAGCUAUGUAGAACGAUUAGAGCUCAUAAGAACGAUUUUAUUUAAUGUCAGCAAUUAUUGGUGUAGACAAUUGGUCCUUCCUGCUUCUGUUCUUAAGAAGAUUGAUCAAAUCUGCUCCAGAUUUUUCUGGAAAGGAGUAGAUAAUUCUGCGGCAGGAGCAAGAAUCAACUGGGACAACAUUUGUUGUUUAAAUUGGAAGGAGGAUUAG